GGGGCCAGUCGGUGGAUCGAUCGACGUCCCGUCGAACCUCGCGGCCGUAAGCGCCGCUGCGCCUCUGGGCGGGGCGAGAGGGCGCUUCAGUCGUGUACUGGAGCCCACCAGGGUCGCGUCCAGCACCUCGAACGCUUCGGAGUUGCUCGUUCGCUCGGGUCUCUCUCUUUUCUCUCCAUCAACCUUUCGAAAAAGAAAAAAGACACUCCUCGUGUCUUUAGGGGCUGUGUUCUGAACUAAACUUCGAAAUAGACGCGCGAUCCUUCAACGCAUAUAUAAAAAGCGAGCGAGAAAGAGAGAAAGAGAGAGAGAAAGAGAGAGCCAAACGUGAGAGCUUAGUUAAUAUAGUGUUCUAUCUUCGAUUCGAGAUAUCCUUUCUUCGCUCGUAUAUAUCCUGUAGUAGUAGUUCGAAACUCGAGGAUCGUACUAUUCCUGUUAGUACUAUAGUUCCAGCGACGCGGAUCAACCAGUGAUCGUUCCAACGCGGCGCGGCUUGUAUCGUCCCCGAAGACACGAGAUCGUAUCAGAUCCGUACCAGGAUAUUUCUGUUUCCUUCGAAUCGCCCAAUUAAUUCGUGGAUUCUAUAUAGUUGUUCGUACUCGAUCGUUCUCGUCGGUUUGAACGUUUUAUUACGUUCGACUGUUUCGGUUCUUCGAACGGAGCCGGUCGUAUCGAUUCGAGAGGUGAUACGGACGUACAUAGAUAGAGAUACACGCAUAGUGAGACAAGUGAGAUAUACAUUGGAGAGGUGCGUAAAAAGGGUUUCGGAAGUAUCCACGGGAGAGAGGUGUCUAUGUACGCGACCGGAGACACGGAGAGCUACCCUGGUACCUAGCGGACGACGCGGGGUGGCUUCACCAGUGAGUCUCAGCCUUACGCCCUUCUUUUCGCGAGCUGAUUCACCGUCACGCUUGCUUUCGACGCUUUACGAUAGCAUUUCGAGAGCUAGAUCUCGCGAGAGCGUAACCUCGUCCCAGGGUGGCGGGUUCCGUCAACAGGAGGCGGCGAGCGUCGCGGAGCAUCAGCUAGUGUGGAAGAGACGAGAUAGAUAGAUAGACAGACAGAUAGAUAGAUAGAGAGGAGAGAGAGGGGGAGAGAGAGAGAGAGAGAGAGAGAGAGAAAAGAAGAAAGAGAGAGAGAGAGAGAGAGAGAGUGCGCGAGAGAGGGAGAGUAAACGUGACGAAGAAGACGAAGACGACGUCGUCGGGGUGUUGGUGUUCGAGGGUGGCGGCGGUGGUGACGCGCAGGAGGUGGUGGCGGCGGAGGAGGGUGGAGGCGACCGUGGAAGAAGCUACGACUCCUGCGACGUGAGUCGCGAGCCGUGCUGGUUGGGUGGUGGUGGUGGUGGUGGUGGCCACGAAGAGGGUAGAGUAACGGUUUCCUAGCCGCCAAGGGAAAGGUAGAGGCUUGGUGGUGGCGUUUGUGAAGGCAACCUGUGGCAAGAUGGGCUGCGCCAUGUCCGCUGAAGAGCGGGCCGCACUGGCCCGUAGCAAGCAGAUCGAGAAGAAUCUCAAGGAGGAUGGUAUCCAGGCUGCUAAGGAUAUCAAACUGCUACUGCUUGGUGCCGGAGAAUCUGGUAAAAGUACCAUCGUUAAACAAAUGAAAAUUAUCCAUGAAAGCGGAUUUACACCCGAAGACUUCAGGCAGUACAGGCCCGUAGUAUACAGCAACACGAUACAAUCUCUAGUCGCUAUUCUCAGAGCGAUGCCGAAUUUGGAUAUCAACUUUUCGACCAAUGAACGGGAGCCGGACGCGAAAAUGGUGUUCGACGUGAUCCAAAGAAUGGAGGACACGGAACCAUUCAGCGAGGAGCUUUUGGCCGCGAUGAAUAGACUUUGGGCCGACAGCGGGGUCCAGGAAUGCUUUGGCAGGAGCAACGAGUAUCAACUCAACGACUCGGCGAAAUAUUUCCUGGAUGAUCUAGACCGAUUAGGGGCCAGGGAUUAUCAGCCUACGGAGCAAGAUAUUUUAAGGACCCGUGUUAAAACAACGGGAAUAGUCGAAGUCCAUUUUUCUUUCAAGAAUCUUAAUUUCAAAUUGUUCGACGUGGGCGGCCAAAGAAGCGAACGUAAGAAAUGGAUCCAUUGCUUCGAGGAUGUUACCGCGAUCAUAUUUUGCGUUGCGAUGUCCGAGUACGAUCAAGUCCUGCACGAAGACGAAACGACGAAUCGAAUGCAAGAAAGCUUGAAACUGUUCGACUCAAUUUGCAAUAACAAAUGGUUUACCGACACCUCGAUUAUUCUCUUCUUAAACAAAAAGGAUCUUUUCGAGGAGAAAAUUCGCAAGUCUCCGCUCACCAUUUGCUUCCCCGAAUAUGCCGGGGCGCAAGAGUACGGCGAAGCAGCCGCGUACAUCCAGGCGCAAUUCGAGGCGAGAAACAAGUCAACCACUAAGGAGAUCUACUGCCACAUGACUUGCGCUACUGAUACCGAUAACAUUCAAUUCGUGUUCGACGCAGUCACAGACGUCAUUAUCGCCAAUAAUCUCCGUGGCUGCGGUCUCUAUUAGGAUAAAUAUUCCCGUCGUGGAGCCGAUCGACCGACACACACUCACACUCACAUGCAUAAACACGACAGACAUGUAUCGCGAGAACGGGGGAGCGCGUGAGAAUGAGAGACUGCGAGAUUGUCAGGUUGCCGAGAGAAAGAUCGCGUGACAGAGGGGGAGAGAACGGCUGAAAGAACGGGAACGAGAAAAAGAGAUACACCUAUGUACCACCGCUACUACUACCGACCACCUGCGGAUACCUUCUCGACUUUUUUUAUCAGACACCUCUUUGUGCCAGCUCUUUCAACCUUUCUCCUUAUCAUACCGAAUGAUUCGAAUGCAGUUCCACGAUGUUUACGCAUCGCUAUGCGUUAUGCGCUGCUAAAGUGCUGCUAUGUAAACAGUGAACACUCGUACAAUUCCUGGAUCCUCUUGCAUAAUAAUUUAGUAAUUACUAUAUUAUUCUCCUCUAUCAUUCAUCAUUGAAUGGAACGAUCAAAUAACUUACGAUUUGUAAAAUCUUAUUUAUCUCGCCAACAAAUUUCUCACCAUUAUGCGAGGAUAAUCUGUAACUUUCGUGAAUCGUAAAGUUUCACUAAUAGCAUUGGUUCGAUUGGCCAUGGUGAUCGAAUUAAGACCACAUGAAAUUUUCAACAGUUCUCAUUGCGUUAUACACAACUGAGAAGUGUUAGCAAACUCUUUUAUGGGAAAGUUAAAGGCAAACGAAGGACGCCAUUCUAAUUCAAUGAACAGCGAUUGUAGAUGUUAGGAACUUCUUAGGAACUGAGAAAGGUUUGUCAGAUUACUGACUGAUAUUAGAAAAAUAAUAUCUGUUGUGCUUCUAACCGUUAAUAAAUCCGCUUCUUCUAAUUGUCUUUUGAGGCGAGCAGAGAAUUGUGCAGGAACUUUUAACUCAGCAGGAACUCAGCAGCAUCAAGAAUGUUACUCUACUAGAGAAAUUCAUCUUAUGAUUUGAAUUUUAUAUCUGGAAGAGAAUAGAAAGUUUGGAAUAAAGUUUCCAGCUAAUUAAUCCUUCGAGCUAAAUACAUCUGGAUUGAAGUUGCAGUUAUUUACUAUUCUGCUUUUAUGUACCGAAUCCAAUCUUAAAAUGAAUUUCUCAAUAAAGAAACAUUCUUUUCUAUGUCAUAAUCAGAUUUGAUUGCUGUAUUAAUUACAGAGGACUUAAUAUUGCCCUUACUCAUUGAUCAUUUUCUAUUUUAAACCGAUUGUGUCUGAGUCGGUCUAUUAACGUUGAACAAUCGAUUAAACCGAUACCGAGUACUGUGAUCAAUCUUUUUGUUAACUGCCAGAACUGGUGGAUUUGUUAUAUAUAAAAAUCUACUUUUCUGUCGAUAUUUGAAAUUAAAAAAUUAUAUACAAAUGAUCGAAUUUCAUAUCUUAAAUUUUGUUAAGAUUCAAAAGCCUGUAUAAUAUUAUUUGUUUACUUAAAAAAAAAAUUAUAUGGGUCAAAGGUAGUUCGAUAGUUAAGUCCUUCGUAAUCAAAAAUAUGGAAUUAAGGAAUAUGUUGAAAGAGGGCGCACAAUGAUCAAUCCAGAUUUUUCAUACAUUUCGCGGUAAAUCGCACAAAGACCAAUCACGAAGCACACUCGAAUCUCGAGAUCCUUCAUCUGAUUUUAUUGUAAAUUAGGGAAAGAAUAUAGUUAUCUGUUCAGGUAGAAAAUUAAGCUGGACAAAAUUUUUUUAACAUGUAGCAAAUAAUUCUAGUUAAUAGUUUAACUUUAAAAUUUUUUUCGUAAAAGAAAUAAUUUCUUCAAAAAUUGUUCAUUCGACAAACACUUAAAUUUUCUACCUGGCAAGAAACGAUUUAUAAGCUAAUAAUGCAAUUUUCCUUUUUCACGAGUAGUAUAAUAAUAUUCAACUAUUCUAACUUUAGUUGAAUAAGCAUGUUACGUUCAUCGCCGAUCGCACAAGUCGCGCACAAGAAACCGACGAAAAAACUAUAUUUUUCUCUCGUACAAAAUAUUUUAUAUUUUCCGUGCAAAUCUACGAUUCCUACAUCCGUCGGAUACGUAUAAUAUUAUACUAUUCGGUUUUCGAUCAGUUCCUUUCGGUUUAGAAAACUAAAUAAAAACUGCGCUAAAAUCGUGUAAAAAGCAUAGAAACGCCGUUGAUUGAAACAAGUGAGAUUUAAGUGAAACCAUAAAAACUCGAUAGAUAAGGUCAGAAUAGUGGAAGAUUGUCAAAGCAUGCGGAAAAAAGACGCGAACAUCUUGAUGCGUAGAUAUUUCAUUAAAAUUCGAUUUCCGAUUCGUCAAAUAUUUUUUGGCAACGAUUCGAGCAAGAUUCGUAACGCUAUGGGCGCAAAUGGCGCAUCGUACAUGAGAAAGAAUUCUUCACUGUUUUUCCCUUCGAUUGAAUCAACAGUUUCGUUUCGUUUCGUUUCGUUCCAUUGACACGCACAUUUAAGCGACUGUACGCACACGAUCGCACAAUUACACGCAACGACGCAAUCACACACACACACGCGCGCGCGUACACACGUUACACGAAUAUACAGGGUAUUCAGAAAUAGGUGGCCGAACCGUGGUAUAGUGUAGAAUACGAUACCAAAGUUUGGCCACUUAUUUCUGAAACAUUCUGCAUAGGACAUACGUUGAAGUGUUUACAUUUGCGAAAAGUGAAAGAGGUUCCACUCAACGAAGCUAGGAUCCUUGAAUUUCCGAAUUUUCUUCGUACGAUUUAGUUACCUUCUUACGCAAUUACGUUUUACGUUUCUUGAUUAGGUCAAGUGUGUUUAAGGAGUUUUCAAUUAUUCGAUGAAAUCUUGAUUUCGUAUUAAGCGAUAGUGUUUUUGGAUCGACAGAAGCCGUGUCUUUUUUACGCUUCUUUUUUCAUCGAAGCAGUCCUUACUGGCUUUAAAACGAAUAUCAGUGCAGACCGAAACAUUCCACGUACAGUCAAACGCAGUUCCCCGUUUUCUAUUUUUCCUUGGUUCAUAUUUAAUCAUCGCACGAUGUAUCAAUUUUCCUUUUUUUUUUUUUUUCUUUAUAUAUAUAUAUAUAAUCUUUUUAUUUGAACGACCUUUUAUUUUUGUUUUUUUUUUUUUUGUUUUUUUUUCUGGAAAAGAUUUCACUCUCUUUUCCAGAAUUGCAAUUGCGAUUGAAAUGAGGAGUUGUGGCAGAAUUUUUGAGAAUUUUUGUAGAAAUCUUUUUACCAAAGAUAUUUGUUUAAAACUUUUAUAUUAGAAAACAUUAUAUCCUAAAUUUAUAAUUAAUGUUUGUUGGGAAUUCGAGAUUUUUUUAAAUUUAUUUAAAAUAGUUGCAAUCGUAAUUCGUCGCUGUUCAAUUGUAAUAUAAAUUAAAAUAUCGAGGAGUGUUUGACCAAAAAGAACCAAAGAAUCGAGUAGAACAAUAAUUACAAAUGUAAAAAAAAAAAAAAAAAAAAGAAAGGGAAGAAGGAAGAAAGAAAAAAUUAAUUAAUUCUCAAAAUUAAUCUGAAUUAUGUAUAUAUGAAGGACAGAUUUUUUUUUCUUGAAGAAGGCCAAGAAGAAUUUCACUAUUUUUUCUUUCGACGACUAGUAUCAAAAGAAAGAACACCUUUCUCCUACGUUUCGAUUUUGAUUUUUCCUAAUCUUUCUUUUUUUCACUUUUUGUUUUUAUACGUCGAUUUUUGCGAAUUAUUUUUAUAUCGUUAGUUGGAUCUAGAGGAUAAAAACAAGAUUAAAAAAAGAAAAAAAAAAUAGUAUUACCGUCACCGCCGUUGCCAUAUUACUGUAAAAGUUAAUAUAUAAAUUUUAGGGCUAUCGAUUAUAAUUAAUUAAGUAUUCCUAUAUGUAGUAGCCAUAAUUAUGUAUAAAUAAGUACGCAUAUAGAACUUCUAGUCAAAUAGAGAACGUACUAGCUCGUACAAAAAAGAAAUGUGUAACGAUCGGGGAAGUGAUUGCUUUGAUUUAUUUCUUUCGCAGCGAGGAUUUUUAUUACUCUUAACUAUUAUUAUUAAUUUUCGGUUCGUUUCAAUAUCUGUAAUCGAUAAUAAAUUGACAGGAAGAUGUAGCUUUUAUAUUUAUACUUACACUAUCGGUUAGAAUAUUUGAGGCGUCAAAUUUAAACUACUGAUUAAUGAUUCGAUUGAUUUAAAAGAGAAAAGAAAAGUUUAAGUUUCAACCGACAAAGAAGAAGCAACCAGUGAAAUGAAAAUAAAGAAUAACAAUAGAUUGUAAAUCGAAAUAAUUGUAAUACGUAACGGGUGUGCAAUUUCGAAUUUAGAAAUUGUAAUUCAGUUAUUAUUAUAACCGCCUAGGAUAAAUGCAAUGAAUUAAACUGUGUAUAGCAGUGAUCGCCUUGAUAUUUUUCAUUCUUGUUGGUUUUUACCCGAUCAGGCUCGCCAGUAGCAGUCGAAGCUGCUAAUGAAAUUUCCCUAUAUUUCUCGAGGGUUGCUUCUGAAUUUGAAAAAAUGGGAAGAGCCACGUUCAUGAAUAUUUCUACAUUAAAAUUUUCGUAUUUAUCGUUUUCAUUUAAAUUACUUAUUUUUUCUUUUUUUUUUCACUUAUUUCGUUCGUUUAUUUCAAUUUUCUUCUUAUUCGCUUACCAGCGUGAAAUUCAGGGAUUUUUAAGAAAAAACCACGAAAAUCUUUCGAUCUUUGCACGACGACAUAUUUCUCGCCCUCGGACGCUUUUUUAUGCCACAAGCUAUAAAUUGUUAUUUUACAAUAGACCCAACGUUAUUGUUUUGUAAUAAGCACACAUACUCUCAUCCGGCUAAUUAUUGAACUAUGGCAAGUCGCGAUUUUUCAAUCUACAACUUUUUUACCAGCUCAAGCGGUUAACUUAACAGCUACCACUAUAUAUCUUCAACGAAAGAAAUUUCAAAUUUUGAAUUUUGCAUUUGAAAGAUAACAAAGGAACAAGAAAUUACUAGAUUGUGGAUCGAGAAAUCGUUAUCGUUGCUCCUAAUUAUCGAGAAGCAGCAGUUCACGGUUUGUAAGUUCCAAUGAGAAUUAAAAAUCGAAAAAAAAAAAAGAAAAAAUAGAAUAGAAUAAAAACCUACAAAAAAAAUACGAAAGGAGUUUUAGUAAACGGGAUAACAACGUACGAACUAUAAAUUAGGAGACGAAUACUAACGAAGUAAAACAAACAAUAAAAUCAUCGCGAGAUAAGAAGAAAACGUUCUUUAUAGACGAACUAACCGAGAAGAACUUAACAAACGAGAAUAAUAUUUUUCACGAGGGCAAAAAUAAAACUCUUAUUACGAAGAAUAUCGAGUACGAAACGAAUGAUGUGUGAACGAAAGAGGGAGGAAGGAACAAAAAUGGGUCACGAGAUGAUUAGAAAACGACGAAGGUGAAAAUUUUAAUAGGAGAACGAAGAAUAAAAACGGUAUCGCGGUAUAUGUAGAAAUAAACGUAUUUGGAUCGAUAAAUUAUUACUAUCGAUCUUUCGAAAUGCGAAGGAUACACGCAAUAUGAAAAUAAAGAAAGAAGAGAAAGAAAAUAAUUGACAACCUUAGUGUGCAACAAAAUCAACUGUAAUUCAGUAUUUGAACGUGUCGUCAGGAUUCCUGGGUGGGGGUAGAUGGCCGCGUGGUGGGGAUAGAUGGAUGUGCGAGACAAGUACGGGAGUAACCAACACUAGUGUUAUUAUUGUAAUUGUAACGAUUAAUGGUAACGUUCAUAAUCUUAUCGAGUAAACGCUAAAUGAUAAUAAGAUGACGUGGAUGGAAUAAAAACAUAAAAAUAAAUACAAAAAAAUAAAUAAUGAAACAUCGUGGGAGGAGUACUAUCAUUCGCAUGAUCGUGAAAUGAUUAAAAAAUAAUGCGCGCAGCAGAAAAAAGAUCGUUUCGUAAAAUCAUCCGUAGACCCGACGAAUCGACGCCGUUUCUUUCUUAUUACUUUUACCUUUUCAUUCUUUUAUUGUGAAAAAGAGAACAAGAGAGAAAGAGUGUGAGGGAGAGUGAGUGAGGCACAUUUCUGGCAAGGGGGACUUUUUUGAGGGAAGAGGAGGGAAAAGUUGCGAGAGGAGGAUGCUCUCUCAUUAUACAUAUAUAAAUAUAUAUAAUUAUUAUGUAAUAAUUGUCCAUACAUCUUGAAAUGUCGAAAUAAACGAACAAAGAAAGAUAAGCGGUUUUUAUUGUCACAUCACGCUGUUUUACAUAUGUAUAUACAAGAAUGAAUAAACGGUUGAGUCAAAAGUAGCGAUCAUUCUUGUCGUUAUAAGUAAGUACUUAUAUACCUGGUAUUUUGAUUUCAUAAUAUAAUAUCUCUCUUUUAUUGUUGCUGUAUAAUCUGUGCAGAUUUUUUAUAAUAUUUUUACGAUAAUUUAUGAUUAUUAAUAAAACCAAGUGUAGGUUAAUGUCUUAUUUCUCAAAUUUUUAUGAAAAGAGUCACGGACAAAAGUGUAAUUUUUGUUUAAAUGGGAAAUAGCGAUGCUAAACCUCAAAUAAAUCUUUUUAAUUAUCGAUAACCAUUAUCGAUGACGAGGACUGUUUUGAUUACUUGGUUAUUAAGAAAAUUUGAUACUCUUAGCCGUGCUCGGCUUACCACCAUUAUAAGACUAGACUAAGUUUCGUGCCGUGUGUUGUCGCUUUACUGAGUUUUUGUCAUCAUUAUUUUUCGUUUAGUUUAAAUUCUUUCCUUGGCGUAUCGUCAGAGCAUCAACGAUACCCUCCGAACAACUUGUUGGAUUGAUAAUGUCGCAUGCGACACGAAAAUGGUAUAGGGAGUCAAACCGGUCAGGUGACAGCAAAACAGCAAGACGUCGGUAGGCUAAUGUCACAAAUGUUACGUCUAUCCUGUAUCUCGUCGGUGAUACAUCCCAUCCCUAGGGAUGGUAUAAAAUUGGUAACCAUUCCAUAGAAUCAAUCAAUGUACUAUAUAUAUCAGAAUCCUUCGUACAUAACGGUAUUUUCUUCCAAUUAUUAUUAAUGUAAUAAGAAUUACAGUAAUCUACUAUUUCGUCUGUUUUCUUGAUAAACUCCUUCGAUAAUAAACUUCAAUCGAAUGAAUGUUUAUUAGCAUUAGUUAAUAAUAAUUUGCGUUACUGGAUAAUAAGUAAAUCAUAGAUUGUCGUGUAAAAUCCGAGCAGAUAAAUGGGCUACUCUGCGACCCAAAUAAUUGGAAUCGUUGAAUCGUUGAAUCGUUGAAUCAUUGAAUCGUAGAAUUUGUUAGAACUGCCACGCUGAGCUCAGAGUCUAAGUAAAUUUCAUUAAAAUGUAAAUCUUAGUUAAAGUACUCUAUCUAUUAUAACUCAAUUUUAAAUAUAAAUUAUUGUUCAAGUUAAUCUUUCUCGUUGUGUAUUACUCCACUUAAACGUCGAGUUCGUUUUUCGAAUUGCUUGAAGUUGUUACGCGAACAGAGUGCUUCAGCACCUCACGGGCAGCAACCGCGCCAAAUGCCCCAAAACCUUGUUGGAAAGGCCAUGCAACAGGACACUUUUCUUAUAAAAAUAUAGGAACAUUUAACGAAAUACAUACAAUUUUCCUAUCUUAUGCUAGUUACUUUAUUCGAUAAAAUGAUAUUAUUUGAUCUUUUUAUUCUUCUGAGGCUAAUUGUGCAAGAAAAAAUAUACAAACCUCUCUUAUACAAAUAUUCAUACAUCUUUUAAUGUCUACAACUUUUAAAGAAAAAAUAUUUCAUUUUCAUAUAGUAUUCUCACAAUUUCCUAAGUUGGUAAUAUCUACGUAGAGCUAAAUGAUAAAUAUUAAAAGACAGGUUAUACCUCACGUGUUCUUUUUCAAAAAGGUUCCAAGCAAUAUUUGAGAUUUCUUGUUUUCUUCGUCUAAUUCUCUUAUGUAUAUAAAUAACAUAUAAUAUAAUGAUAUAUAAUAAUAGACGUAACAACAUAUAUAAUAAUAUGUAAUAAUAGAAAAUGUAAAGGUUAUAUACACGAAAUAAAAUAUCACGUUCCGUUUAAUAAAAAUAUCAAAACUUGUUUCAUAACAAUCGUGGCAUAAAAUAUAUUAAAAUGGGACGAAAAGCUAAGUUUAAUGACACAACUCUGUCGAGUGGUCAUGGAAGAAAAGCAAAGAAACAAGGAGAUCCAACAUUUCCAAAGGGAGUACUAG